AGUGUUUGGAGUCCUUUGAAAAUAGUGCGUGUGUUUUCGAAAUCUACAUCUAAUCAUAUCUAAUCUUGAAACAAAGCCUUAACACCUGUCUCUCACGACCAUCAACCAUUAAUUUUACCAAGAGGAUCAGGGACUACUGAACAAUCCAACUCAUUCGAUUGUGCAAGUACGUCAGCGCUACCCCAACUUGUUGUUCCGAGAAUCGGAGCGUGUCGUCCAGUCGUGGAUACCGUUCACAUCCAAUCGGAAGAACUCAUCAACGUAUCACAGUGACCAUGGAAACGGAAGUGAGAGUGAAAGAGGAGAUCGGAGGUCCAGGCGAAGGCUCCACGUCGUUGAUCAAAAACGAAAUCCUGUACGACGAUGACAUCUACAUGUUCGAGGAUUGUCCGCCAGGGCCGGAAAACGGAACCGAGGCUGUGUGGAUCAAAGAGGAAGCCGAGAACUCGGGGUCGGACAGUGACAUCGCCAUCGUGGAAGAGAGUUGGCCACAGGUGAGCGCGGAGCCGGUGGAAGCACCGAAAAAAAGGAUCGAGAAGGACCAGAAGGCGCCGAAGGGGAAGAAAUCCAGAAAGGCGAAGGAACCAGGGAUCUCCUGCCCCCGCUGCGGGCUGAUAUUCAAGUCGGAGGCGUCGCUGGAAGCCCACUUUUUCAUCCAUACCGGGGAGAAACCGUUGGGAUGUCCCUUCUGCCCGAAAAACUUCAAGUUCCGCGAGAUGCUCAACGACCACAUCGAGACGCUCCAUGCCAAGGAGUCCUUCUGCGAGCGCUGUAUGACGCAGAUCCGGGACGCCAAGGAUGUCAAGGUACACAUGGUGAGAGCGGAGGUGGGCUGCUCGGAAUGUCCGGCCAAGUUCGCAGCGCAGUGCGAGCUGAACAAGCACGUUCGGGAGGAGCACGAAGUGAAGCGAUACGUCUGCAACAUGUGCCCCGCAGCUUUCGGGAGGCCGAAUCACCUGGCGCUCCACAAGCGCUCGCACAUCGUCGAGCGCCCGUCCCAGUGCCCGCUCUGCUCGGAGAAGUUCCGGCAGCGGCGACACCUCAAGACGCACAUGCACGCCCAUUUCAGGCCCGCCAACCGACCCUGGAACUGCACCGCCUGCCCGGCCAAGUUCAAGCGGAAGCGCGACCUCAAGGAGCACCUCAAACUCCACGAAUGAGAGGAGAUCUCGGUCGCGCGGACAUCCACACCCACAACACCUCGGGUCGCAUCCCGAACAUUCAUCUCGCACGAGAGGAGCUCUGUCCGCGCUCAAUCCUAAAUUCCUCCUCUCAACAUUCAAAAAUCUCUUUUUUUUACAAUUUUAUCGCCGUCUAGGUCAGACCAGACCUGUGGUCAUGUUUCCUGACGAGCUCAGCCAGGCGUGUGGCAGGCGCCACUUAGCAACGAUUGUGCUCAGACUUGCACGCCACCCAUGGAACUAAUCUCCAAGUACAAUGUUCUCCAAGCUCCAACGGUGCCAGUUGGAAGUAUUUCUGUUAAACGGAACUAAGCGCCAAAUUGAGUUUCUUUCGAGGAUUUUAGAAUCCCGGAUAGCGCGUUCUGUCAAACGGAACUAAGCGCCAUUGAAAAGCAUCGCGAGUAUAGAACGGAACGAACUCGCGUUCCAUCCAAAGCCCCCCUCUCCCUUCCUCCCCCUAUAGCGCUUAGUUCCGUUUGAUAGAAAUACGUCCAGUUAAUGCUUGGUAGCAAAUCUACCCUCGAUGUUCCUAAUUCUGUGGAGAAGGAGUCUUCCAUACCAAGAAAAGAACCAUAUCAUCAUCCCUUGAAGAACCCUGAACAUCAUGUCUUCGGGAAAUCUGAAAGAAAAUGGAAAACGUGUCAUUCUCUUGCCCAAUCUGAAAUUAUCUUUUAUCAAUGACGGAAGCUGUAAAAUCAUCAACACCUCCGGUUGGAAGAAAAUUCAAUGCUGCACUAAACAAAAUCA